CAAACAUGGCGCACGUCAAACUAGCCAGAAAGUGAAAUGGAGAGUAAAUGCGCUUGCGAUUAGGAGACAACGGAACAUCAGAAGUCACCAGUCAUGUGGCCGAUGGUGUUAGACUAUACAAAAGAUGAAUGCCAAAGAAUGCUUCGGAAACUGGAAUUGGAGGCAUAUGCUGCUGUGGUGUCAGCCUUCCGGGCCCAAGGGGAGCUGACCAAGGACAAGAAGAAGACUCUGCAAGAACUGAGCAAUAUUCUUUGCAUAUCACUAGAACGGCAUCGUGCGGAGAUACGGAGGGCUGUAAAUGAUGAGCGGCUGAACACCAUUGCGGAACGCAUUGUGGGUCCCAACACAUCAUCCGACUGGGCCAUUGAAGGCCGACGCCUGGUGCCGCUGAUGCCUCGGCUAGUGCCACAGACGGCCUUCAGUGCACUGGCCAACAACGUGGCCAACAGCUUGGCAAAUGCUCAGGCAGCCAAGAGUGCCACUGCUGCUCCCACUGCUGCUUCUGGUGUCACUGCUUCCCUUGAAAAGGAGUUGCUUCACAUUACUGGAAACGGUCCCAGCACAGCCAUGCCAUCAUGUUCGGGGCUCAACGGUCCAACGACGUCACCUCGACCACUGCAGGCCACUGCAGUUGUGCCUCCCAGCGCAGCGUGGAUGCCACCAACCACCACUGGUACGAUGGCAAAAGCACCGAGCCCAGCUGGUGUGAAGACAGAGCCUCUGCCGACAGUCCCAGAUGUUUCUCAAGCAGAUGAGGACAACGCCACGCGCAAGAGGAAGCGCUCCCUUAGCUUAGACUCCCUGCCAUCGCCACUAGCUGUCAACGCAACUGCUUCAGUGGCUGUGACUAAGCCUGCUUCUACCACUGCCCCCGCCACCGCUGUCACUGUGACUACUCCCGUGACCACCCCUGCUGCAGCUACUCCUGCACCUGCCCCUAUCGCUGCGCCGCUCACACGAGUUACCAGCAACGGUCCUGUUGUGACAAAGGUGGUGGUCCCAACAUCACUUCCUGGUGCCACUGCAGCUGCCUCACCAGGCAUAAUGACGAAAGUAGUUAACCUUCCAUCGGUGUCCACUCCGCAGCUCAGAGUUCCCAUGGCGGCAACGCAAAGGACAACCAGUGUGCCAGCAAGCUCUCAAAAGGUGAUCCUGGUGUCCACUACAGCAGCACCCGGCUCCAUGUCUUCAAACCUGCUGCAGCCCCCUCUGAGUGUGCCCGUGGUGAAGACGGUGUCGGCACCGGGCACGACACCACUCGUGCACCAGGGCAAGGCACCCAUGGUCAUGGGCUUACAAGCCUCCUCAGCCAGUCAUCCCUCCUGCUCUUCGCCCGCUGCUUUCACCAGUGUUGCAUCUAUUGUCAGCGCUCCAGUGCCAUCAGCAUCCGUGUCGGUGACGAGCGAGCCUGGUGUGGUGCGCCUGCGGCCACGGGCGGUGACGGUGAACCCCCGGUUGCCUGUCCGGGUGCCUCGCAUCCCUACACCAGUGCCUCCUUCAAUGGGCGGUGGUCCCCCGCAGCUGCCCUGCCCGUCGCCCUCAUACGGCAAGGCCACUAUCUCGGUGCCCAAGGGGGCCAUCAUGCAGUAUCGCCAGGAAGGCAGUGAGUGGCUGACCUUUUGCCAUCCGCCACCUGCUGGUGGCCUGGGGGCAGACAACAUCGGUUGGAACAGACGAAAAACAGUGAAGAUAAUUGCUCAAAGCCAGUUGCCCAUCUCUGGCACCAAGCUUGUGACCAAGGCGGGCCCUGGCUCCUCCAUUGCCACCUCCUCUUCCUCCUCCUCCUCCACCUCCCUCAACGUGGCACCACGGGUUUCCACAGUCUCCAUUACAAGCAAUCAGACCCGGGUAGUGAAUGUGAUCACGACGUCGCAGCCUGGCGUAGUUCGAACUCUGAGCCGAACGGUGACCCCUGGUACAUCAGGUUUGAGCCAACGCCCAAGUCCCACAGGGCUGCGACCCACACUGGGCUCAGGCGCAAAGCCUAACGUGAUUGUCGUGCACAAGGCCCAGGUGUGGCCUCAAGCUCAGCCUGGAAUGGCAUCGUCAUCAUCUCAUCUCAGCCGGUCUACGGACUCUGUUACAUAUCUUCAAAGGCAAGACCGACCCAAGACCAGUGUUGGGGCGUGCGGCACUGUGACAGUUGUCAAGACAUCAGUUCCUGUUCCCCAGCCCUGCAUCGCACCUGUUGUGAGGGUGUCCAGAGAGACUGCUGUGAAAACUGUGCCACGUCUGUCCAUGCCCGUGAGAAAGCCACCUGAGCAGUCCUUAGAUGCUAACAGCAGCAGCAGCAGUGGCGGCUCUGCUUCCGGAAGCAGCGGGGGCAGUGGGGGCAACAACAGUAGCCUUCUGGCUGAGCUGAUGCAGGCCGCAGGCAUCCUUCAAGACGAGGGCGACAGUGGGCGGCCACCCCCACUUCUGGUAGUUGGUGAAGAUGCUGUGCCACCAGCCGAGGUCGAAGUGGCCAUUGACACUGUGCCCUUGGACGACAAUGCUGUGAUACUAGACGAUGGCCACCUGUUGGUGGACAGCGAGGAAGUGAACUUAGUGGAGACCACCCCAGGUGUAGUUGUGGAGGAGUCCCCAUGCCUGCUUCAGGACCAUGUGGUCUGCCACGAAGUGGAACUGGUCGCCCAGCCUGGACUACAGCUUGAGGUCGUUUCAACAUCACCUGCGACAGAAAGUAAUCGUGCUCAAACUUCCCAGAAUGGUCAAAUUGCAACCAAAGAACCAGCAAGCCAUAAAGUUUUGCCAAGUACAUCGUCCUCAGCUGAACAACCAAAACUAAAAAGUGCGAACAGUGGCGGCACGUCACCAACGCCAGCACCUGAAAACAGGUUGGACAGGCCUCGCAGCCCUCACAGGAAACGGCCGGGCUCUGAUGAUGGGAAGGAUGUUCCCGGUGCCAGCAAUGGUGUUGUGGCUUGUGGAGUUGCUGAACGGCUGGGUCUGAUGGUUUCUGGUACCACUGCCAUUUCCAUAUCAUCUACCAGCAUAGUGCAAGCGACUGACACUGCCCAAGCUCAAAGACCUGCCACCAAUUCGCCAGCAAUAGUUGCCACACAGCCUGCCCAGCUUGUCUCUUCAGAGCCUCUAAAGAAAGCAAGUAGUCUGUUGCGGCGGACUAAUAAUUCUGAUCUAGCCGUCCCUGGCCCUAGUAAAAUGUCCGCCAUAGGUUCAACAUGGAAGCCCAGUACGAAGUCGCCGCCUCCUGGACCAAGUUCGACUGGAGAGCAACAGCCUAACGGGCCUCAGCAACCCAUUGUUCAUGUUCAACCAGUGCCACCUGUCAGCAUGAGUGAAGCACCGUCAACAUCUAAUGGACCUUCAAGGUUGUUGCCAAGUGCUAUUGCAGUUGAAAGUCUUAAUGAAAAUUCAAAUGCAGAUAUGAGUGACAGUCUAAGUAGCAGACAAGCAAGCAAGAAUUUGAGUACCACUUCAAAUGGAAAUGGUGGCCCGAGCCAGAGCUCUCCGGAGAACAUAGCUGAAGAUUCAGCAGAGAACUCUGUGGAGAACCUGAUGCAGAGCUUGGAGGGGAACUCGGAUGACAACACAAACGACAGUUCCCAAGAAAGCUCCAGCGUGGUUGGUGGUGCAAUUAACGAGGAGGAUUCUGUGGAACCCACGGACCUCCAGGACUCCAUAUCGAGUUCCUCCUCGGCAGCACUAGUGUACCCCCGCAACCCUGAUGAAGAGCAGUCAGCCAUAAUCAGCUCAUCAUCGAAUGACCAUGGUCGGAGGGACAUUCACAAAGCUAAGCGCGCUUGCGAUGUGAGCAGUUCGACGUCGGUGUCUGCGUCGCCGUGCCCAGUUGCACCAAUGCCUUCAACUUCUGCCGUCUUCAAUGAGCAGCGUCUGCCAGCUGCCAGUUCAACACCAUCCGCUCCUGAGCAGAACUCUCCCGAUCAGACGAGCGAGGGCAGUUCCACAGGCCACUUUCAACUGCCUUCCUGCUUCGGCGAGGACAAUGGUGGCAGCAGUUCCAAUGUCACGUCAGCCGAGCUUGAGAUUGCUGUGGUCUCCUCGCCAACUCCGGAUGCCCAAGAGUUGGCGAACAGUGCGAGCGGCGAGAGCAGUGUUGCUGGUAGUGAAGAGCGAAGAAGCAGUGCCGUUGAGUCGUCCGAGCAGGAUGGUCCAGCGGAAGUGAGCUCGGCUGUCACAACACAGCAACCUGGCAUUUCGUUGCUGCGUGCUCAGCGUGAAGAGGUGACGUCAGCGCAGAAUGGUAAUGGCUUGUCAUCCGCAGCAAGCAGUGAAGUGACGUCGGCAGUGUCGUGUCCUAACUUUGAUAAUGAUGAUGACGACGGUGUUGAUGGUAAUGAGGCCGGACCGCUAGUGAGUGAGCUUGUUGUCAAUAGUGACGAAGAAGAAGUGAGCACUGCUGAGGCUGUGUUAGUGCAUUCUGAAGGCCUGGCGGAAAUCACAUGCUCAACUAUAGAUGCUGCAAGUGCUUCGACAGCUUCUGGUAGCCUGUUUCACCUCAACACACGGCCUCUGUCUGUGUCCAGCACGGAGGAGGCGGAAUAUCUAGGAGGGUCUGUGGAAGUGGACUCCCACGAGGACAUUCCUGAUGCCCAAGCCUUCAGUGACGUGGGCACAAGCAGCAGCUGUGGUAACAGAGGUGAAGUGAUGGGAACAGAGGCUACUGUGGGAACUGUGCCACCGGCACCUGAUGAAGCAUCAUCAGACUCACACUCGGGCGUCGAGUCGUCGCGCACUGUGUCGACAGCCUGUGACAGUGCUCCUCCAGCUGGCAACCAGGGAAACCUGAAUGGUGCAUCAGACCAGCCGAGCCAGUCUGAAACUGGGGGCGGCUUUUCAACGGCAUCUGCAGCAGAGGAACCUGUUGAAUCUGGAAACAUUGGGGAAGAAGUCUAUGAAUUACUGAUCUGCGAUUCUGAAGCCAGUGAGGGCAUCACAUCAGUCAUGGUCGACUCGGUGUCCAGCACCGUGUUCGGAGCACAGCGGGUUGCUGGCCCAUCUCCGUCCACAUAUCACUUAGUCUCCCUUCCGUCGUGCUCAUCGUCCGGCCCCAGCACAUCGCACUCACCUCCUGCAAUAGAUGUGGCAUCACUCAAUCUUGCUUAUCACAGAACUGAUGACGUGGCACACCUCGACACUUCAUCAUCUUCCUCAUUGUCAAGUAGCAACGGGCAACCCAUUGUGGCUGAUUCCUCUGCUGGCCUGCCAUUGCGCGAUAACACCGCUGCCUUGAAUAGUGUCCCAGGCAGCACUUCUAGUGGAAGUAAGCCAGUACAAGUGGACAAUGGGCACACCAGCAAUAACGGCAGUGGAAGCAGUGGUAGUAGCAGCAGCGGCACCAGCUCAGACCCCGCGACACCGCUGAACAUUGAUGACUCCGAGACAUACGAAAACGGAGCAGCUUCGACGUGCUCAUCUGCUUGUGAUGUCAUUCUGGUCGGAGCUCAUGCCGCGGGAACCUCAUCCGAGAUCGUGGUCUUCGCAGAAGAGGAAGCAACAGCCAAUGUGACUGUUUCCUCAGACAACUGCGAUGAUGAUAGCAGCAGCAAUGCUGCUUUCGAAGAUGUCCCAGGCAACUUGCUGACCGUCAGCUCGUCGGCGUCUGUGCACAGCCACUGUGAGCUGGUGAAUGGAGUGCCGGAUGAACACACAUCAACGUCAAGACUUGUUUUGCACCAAGACGAAGACUCAGCAGCGAGUUCAGCCAUUUCAGACAUUGAUGCAGUGGUUGGCAAUGUGGUGACUGUUGAGACAGUGAGGGAUAUUGUGGAACAGGUGGUGACCUCGUCAGCCUCGGUGACCCCUGUGUCACUGUCCCAGCCUAGCACGUCCAGUGGCACAACAGGGCCACAGCUCCUGCUCAAGAGGAAACGUCGUGUUAAUGCACUUAUUGAUGAAUCUUUGUGUGCCUCGGGGCAUGUGUCUGGUUGGGCGCGAGUGGCAUCGGGACUCCUGGACCGAGUGUGUAAAUUCAGAGGUGCCAACAGGUCGAAGGGCGUGCCUCCACCAGCACACUGGUUUUUAGAGCCAGUUGAUCCUGAAGAUGCUCCCGGUUACUACGACAUCAUUGAUCAGCCCAUGGACUUCUCAACCAUAAAGAAAAAACUGGAGUGGACAGCCCAGCUGCCCAUUCGCAGUGUUCUUCAGCAUGUGCAGCACCUCGAAGCUAGAAGAUUGCAACGUACACCUUCAGAGUGGCCAGUACCGGGACAUAACGGAGUUUCACGAGGACAUGAUGCUAGUGAAGCGGAACUGCCAGACGUACAACCCUCCCGAUCACGAAGCAUCACUGGACUGCGAAGAAGUGUUUGCCUUCUACCUGCAGGAGUACAACCGGUUGGUCGAGAAGUGGCAGAAGAGCCACUUGCUGUCUUCGCCAAAGAGAUCGAAGCUGAGCUGAAAGUGACUUGGCAGUGCUUAGCACAGACAAUUCUUGUGGCCACUUUCCCGUGCACUGAAGUGUGUUCAACGGUGACAGAGCAGCAGCCCCGUAUACUUGGCAGGGUGCGGACAAGGCCACGAGUUGCUCGUCUACGGAACACACCAGACCGAGAGCACUUCCCUGCCUUCUACUUACAUGCAUGUGCUUGUACAUAUGGGACCCAUGUGGAAGGAGUUGCCACAACAAUCAUCUGUACAUAUGUUUUUUUGGACAUCGUCAUCAGUGUCGUCGUGAACGCACCUCCCCGUCUCCACUUUUAUCUUUUCUUGCCCCUCGAAGCCAAACAGAUGGCCUUCAUCCUGAAGCUUUGAUCUGGUGUCACGUGUUGUAUAAUACAAAUCUACAGUUUGUUUUUAUUCCCAGCUUAUAUAGUACGUACAUGGCUAAUUUGCCCUGUAGUAUGUUGUACAUCUUUUCUUUUUUCUUAGCUGUCAUUUGUUGACCGUUUUUUUUAAUUAUUAUUAUUUUAUUAUGUUGUUGACACCUCUGCUUAUUGCCAAAAGUAAACAGUUGCAAAGCAGCGCUUCGACGGAUCGAAUUGCUGUAGCAUAUACUAUAUGUGUACUAUAUAUAUAUAUAUAUAUACACCUGGUGCUCAGAGCUUCACAUACUUGUUCUUUUCACAUUUUUAUUUGUGAGAUUUUUUGGAAGCGAAAUAUUUUUAAAUGCAUUUUCAAGAUCCCAUGUAGUGCACUUUGCAAGGCUGGCUGCAGUAGUCGCAACAGUCCGUUGGUCACAUGGGCAUAAAUGGUGGAGAAAUGUUUUGUUGAUCACGAAAGGUGGAAAGAGAGAAAAAAAAUGCAACUUUGGCUUGUGUUUCAUGGCAGUUUUUAAUUCUUGCACUAUUUUAAUAACAUGCAGAAUUGAAGCAAAACGUGAUUUGCAGUUUUAGCUCCGGAGUGCAAGUUAAUUUGCUUUGUGCUGGAUCAUUGUGCUGUUCUGCUUCCUGCUUUGUUGGUGUGCGAAAAGAAUGGAAUAAUGAUAUCUGCACAACAUGAAAACUUAUCUGAGGAAUCUUGUAAUAUACUACUAAUUACUAAGCCAUAGCAUGUACAGAUUGUGGUCCCAUGUGUAAAUACUGACAGAUGUGUGUACAUACAAUGUACUAUAUAAUGUAAUUGUUAAGUUUGUGUCCUUCCCCAUCACCCUCAUUAGUGUAUAGUGUACAUAUAUAUAUAUAUAUAUAUAUUGUAAGAAAAAGGAUAUUUUUAAGCCCUUCAUUUGUACAUGAAAUUGUGAUUCCACCUGGGCACAUUUUCUUUUUUUUCGUUUUUCUUUUUAACAUGAAACUCUGUGAACUUGAUAUGCAGCCGAGUUGGGCACCCAUCUUAGCCAAGGUGUCUUUUUAGAAAUACUCAUCGCAGGUAUGGAUGAUGCGAUGGAGGGACACAGGGCCUAUACUAUUUUUUUUUUUCUGGCACUGGAGAAUCGAGUCUACUGAUAUCUCAUGCUUGAGAAAAAAAUAAUAAACACGUGGCAAUGUUG